AGACAGCAUGGUGCAGGAACCUUUAGUGGUCUGAAGUCUGUCAACUUUACAGAAAUGAAACUUGUUUGCUUAUUUACUCAGAUAAUAUACUCGGGAACAAUCAGACAAUAGUUGUCGUCUCUCAGGAGUUUCAGCUCUACCUGACUUGUCUCCUCUAAUAGGUCUGGAUCUGCCAUGGAGCCCAUAAUGAAUCAGCUUUGGCCAAGAGUCUUCCAGUGGCUCCACAGAUCUUCAGUACAUCUCCGGAGAAACCAUUCAGGAUGUGCUGAACAUGCGACUUUUCCUGCCUCCACCAACUCCAGACGAAUCAAACCCACUCUCCUGGUGUCGCGCCUCUACCAACCUUCAAACCUGCGUGAUGUGGGACUGCAAGGAGAGAUGACUUGUAAGAGCCAAAGGCUCAUGCAGCAGGCCGGCCUCAUCCAUCCAUCCAACCCCGGCUGUUACUACUACCUUCCUGCCACUGUCCGCUCCAUGGAGAAGCUGGUGAGAGUCAUUGACCAAGAGAUGCAGGGGAUCGGCGGACAGAAGGUGGAUAUGCCCAGUUUGUGCUCAGCUGAUCUCUGGAAAACCAGUGAGCGCUGGGACCUGAUGGGAAAGGAGCUGUUUCGUCUGAAGGAUCGCCACGGAGCUGACUACUGCCUGGGACCCACACACGAGGAGGCGGUGACGACUCUGGUCGCUCACCAGUCGACUCUCUCCUACAAACAGCUGCCUCUGCUCCUCUAUCAGAUCACCCGCAAAUUCAGAGAUGAACCAAAGCCGAAGUUUGGUCUGCUUCGAGGGAGGGAGUUCUACAUGAAAGACAUGUACUCAUUUGAUGUAAGUGAAGAAGCAGCUUACGAGACUUACGAAUCUGUGUGCCACGCAUACACCAGGCUCUUCGCUCGACUGGGUCUGCGAUGCGUUCAGGUGCAGGCAGACACGGGCAACAUCGGCGGUAAACUCUCCCAUGAGUUCCAGCUGCCAGCGGACAUCGGUGAAGACCGGCUUCUGGUCUGUGGGAACUGCUCCUUCUCUGCAAAUGUAGAGACCAUGUCAUCAGACAGAACUGACUGCCCACAGUGCAAAACUGGCACGCUGGUAGAUUCAAAGGGUAUAGAGGUCGGCCACACCUUUUACCUGGGUAAAAAGUACUCUCAUAUAUUCAACGCCACCUUCAGUAACGCCCACAACAAGCCCAGCGUUGCAGAAAUGGGCUGCUUUGGUCUUGGAGUAACUCGUAUUCUUGCUGCAGCCAUUGAGGUUUUGUCAACAGAAGAAGGAAUCCGCUGGCCAGGCCUUCUCGCCCCGUACCAGGUGUGUGUUUUACCCCCAAAGAAGGGCAGUAAGGUGGAUGAAGCGGCGGUCUUAGCUGAGGAACUGGUUCACACUUUGGGCAAGACGCUGCCUCAUUUGAGAGGUGAAGUUGUUCUUGAUGACCGUACACAGAUGACCAUUGGGAAGAGAUUGAAGGACGCCAGCAAACUGGGCUACCCGUAUGUUAUUGUAGUGGGGCAGGGAGCUCUGGAGGAAGCACCUCGGUUUGAGGUGAUCUGUCAGCAGACCGGCGAGACCAUGUUUCUCAGUAAAGAUGGACUUUUAGAUCUUCUGGGAAGAGUGGAAACUGUAUGAAAAACAACUCUGAAUAUAUGUUUUAUUUUAUCUUUGUUUGUAUGACAUAUUCAGUAAGGGGGGGGGGGGUUGUCUAAGAGGACUGUCUAAGAGAAGUGUCUUUUUGGUUAACAAAGAUAUAAAACCUGUAAUUUACAUAGUGGUUGCUGAUUGGCUUAAACUUAUUCUCGCAACAAAAGCUUGAUAAUGGACCUCGGGUGGUUACCAUGAUGUAAUAUACAUUUUGUAGCAGCCUUUCGUGUUUCCUUGCAAAUAAAAUCAUGAAGUUAACUGAAAUAA